AUGGCUGAUAGAUUGCGCUCACAAGCAAAAUUGGAACAACUUCAAGCUCGAUUCGUCGGUGUAGGUCAUUCAUCUACCACCAAAUACGAAUGGAUGGUUAAUCAACACAGAGACGCGUUGUCUUCCAUCGUUGGACAUCCACCGCUUCUCGCAUAUAUGUCGACCGCAUUGGGUGAAUCUAGGACGCAAGUUCGUCAGCAAAUGCUGGAAAAAAUGAUCAUGCCUUGUGGUCCUCCUCCUCCCAACCAUUGA